CAUUUCCGCUUCCGGGUGUUGCGUGUUUGUUGUGACCAUAUGAUGCGUCGUUAUUUCAUCGUUUUCUGUGAUUUAAACUCGUGUUAUUCGUUAGAAAUGACGCGUGUUGGUUGGAAGUAAACGUGUCGCUGACGCUGAUCGUGUGACGCUUCGUUAAAACUCUGCGAUGUUCAAAGAGAAAAGGAAAAUACGGAGUUAGCUCAGGAAGCUAACGUGUCAACUUAGCCGCUAACUUCAGAAGCAGCCUCCAGGAUGUCUAAAAUUGACCGUUUGAAUGCUCGUGUGGCCAAGCUGCUGACUGAGGUGGUGCAGGAGGUUCUGGAGGUGGUGAAGGAGACGGUGUCGGAGUACCAGGAGAAAACUGCCAGAACACAGAGGGAGAACAAGAGUCUGAAGAGACGACUGCUGGAGCUUCAGGACAAAAUAACAAGAGAGAGUGCACCUGCUGUGCCUGACAGUGGACCGUUGCCUGAAGAAAUACAAGACACAAAGACUCACGAGCAGGACUUCAGUGUCACUCAGAGGCACAACUCAGGUGUCACACACACAGAGCAAGAGCCGACGAGCAGCCACACACCUGAACACGACAUAAAGCAGGAAUGCAGAGAACAUGAAAGCCACAAUAAUACUGAGCCACAGGCUGAAUGCGACUUAGCACAAACCUCGCAUGAAUAUUGCAAAGCACAGCCUGAGGAGGGGAUGCACAUAAUAAAGACUGUCCAACCAUCACACAGUGCAAACAGAGAAAUCACUUCAGUCUCAUCUGACACUUUGCUCAAUCCUCCCUCCAUCUGUCCACUUGAGGUAAACCUGGCUGCCGGCAAUAUAGAAGCAGAGCUGACAAACUGUAGGACAUCAGAACCUCUACCUCCUCAAGAGCAAUAUCCUGGAUGUGUGGAUUUAAGCUGCAACUCUUCUCGUCAUAACUCUGCUGAGACCCUCAGGCCACAAGUUGGCGCUGAACCUUACGGACUCACCUUUGCCCACUCAAAGCACAGCAUACAGAGGAGGCAUGGAUUUUCAAAACCCAAUAGGGCUUUGUUUGACGUGAGGAGAAUCAAGAUGGAGCACUUCAGAGACGAUGACACGCACUUGUGUGUUGUAUGUGGGAAGACGUUCAGCAGGCUGGGGAACUUGCGAAUCCACCAGCGCUGUCAUACGGGGGAAAAGCCGUACGGCUGCGUACAGUGCGGGAGGCGCUUCAGUCAGGCGGGAGACCUGAAGAAACAUAAGCGCGUCCACACAGGGGAGAAACCGUACUACUGCAACCAGUGUGGAAAGAGCUUCAGUCGAGGGGAGAAUCUGAAAAGACACCAGAAGAUCCACAUCGGAGAGAGACUGCAGUUACAGCAAACGUGGAGGGAGCAACAGUUGUGAUUGUGACACAAGACUCAGUGUGACUCAUUCAAAUCAGAGCACUUGGAUUGUGGGUGAUACUUUUUAGUGUGUGAAAAAGUCAAGUUUAAAGUAUAUUUAAAUAAUAACUACUGACUGUGUAAAUGUUACCUUCAUCGUAACUCAUUAGUUGAUUGUUCCAAGUAGUGAUUUGAUUUCUAUUUCCUAACAUGGAAAUCAAGGUUGUUACUGACUAAAAAUACAUGCAUAGAGUUCAGGUAAGUUGUUUCCUGGAGACUGUUAUUGUGCACACUGGCUCAGCGUCAGGACUUAUUGGGACAUUUGACAGAAUAGAGCAGUUAAUGAAAUUAGUUUCACUGGUGUGACAAGUGAAAAUGACUGAAUGUGUAAAAAGUCGUGAUGUAACAAGAGAUAACCAAAGAGAUCUUACAUCUGGAGAUGCAGUGAUUCAAAGGCACAGUGUAAUUUUAAAUGAGGUAUAUAAAGGCAAAAACAAAAGCAUAAUGUGAAUGAUGAAAAAGUAAUAUUUGAUUAAUACUCAACAGCAUGAUUGCCAUUAUAAUAACCAGAAUUUAACUGAAUCUUAUUGUUUGCUGGAUAUAUUUAUUGCAGAUUUAUUUUGUUAUUUAGGAUAAAAAGAAAUGAACUUUGCACAGCUAAGUAAAUGAUAAACUGGCUCAGUGAGUGACUCUUUAAACAAACAUUGUCUUGUGGCUGAGUUAAUUAAAAAGAUAUAACAGUGUGUUCUGUACUUCAUUAGUUAUUUGUGUUGAGUCAUGUUACACAGAUAGCAUGUGUGAGUAAUUAUCACCUGCAAUAACAUGACUUUACAACAGAUGUCAGGGAUUUUCACAGAGGAAACAACAUGCAGCACUGACCGCAAUGGAGUUCACACACACACACACACACACACACACACACACAGCCAGAGAGUUCACGUCAUCAUCAAGUUACAUUUGAGAAACCAAACGUCCUUGUAUUAAGUUACAUUACAAAUACAAGACGUGUGUGUAUGUGUGUGUGUGUAGACUUUAUUCCUCUUGACAGAUUACAACAUUAAUGUACAAAAAAAUUAUAAAUAAAAUAUACUAAAGGAAUAAUAAAACAUUUAAUUCCA